CCUAGUGGGCGUGAGCAUGCGAGUGUGUGUGUGUCUGUGUGUGUUGGGCGCAUGCGGACUGAGGCCCGAAGGGGAAAGCCUUCCACGCAGAUCUAAGCCAGCUGCCCUGCUUUUAAUACUUCAUUUGCAAGAAGAGUAGCAAACAGGGGGAAGCCGCAUGCAUCCCCUCCACCAGUGUGCUCCCAGUACACUGGCUGGCAGCUGCCUUUCCUACAACCAGCAGACGAGCAGCUACAAACAGUAGAUUUGGACCUUUCAGACUUUGGAGGCUCUUCCAGGAGACCCUCGGCUUCACAUUCCCAGGACUCAAAGGGCAUUUGCUGCCCUGAGUGUGGGGGUGUUCGAGCCAUCUGACCUGUGGGGUUAAGUAGAAUCAGUAGGAGUGAGACUCUGCGGAGGAGGGGAGGAGGGCACGGGCAGCGGUCGGUGGGAGGUGGGAGGCCUCGGCGGGGCUCCUGCACUGCUCAAGAAGGAGAGUAGGCAGUCGCCGGGAAGCGGGGGAACAGAGGAGGAGAUGGCCACGGGAGAAAUCACUACCCUUCCCUCCACACCUGAUGACGGCAGCAGCGGCGGCUUCCCCGCCGGGAGCUACAAGGACCCCAAGAGGCUGUACUGUAAAAACGGGGGGUUCUUCUUAAGGAUCAGGUCUGACGGGGGAGUGGAUGGAAUCCGGGAGAAGAGCGACCCCCACAUAAAACUGAAGCUCCAGGCGACCUCAGUGGGGGAGGUCCUCAUCAAAGGAGUCUGUGCUAACCGCUACCUGGCGAUGAACCGAGACGGACGCCUGUUCGGAGCGAGACGAGCGACGGAUGAAUGCUAUUUCCUGGAGCGGCUUGAGAGCAACAACUACAACACCUACCGCUCCAGGAAGUAUCCCAACAUGUACGUGGCUCUGAAGCGAACCGGCCAGUACAAGACCGGGAACAAAACCGGACCGGGUCAGAAGGCCAUUCUCUUCCUCCCCAUGUCGGCCAAGUGCUGAACCCGGGGGGGGCGAUGGAGGAAGUUCUUAACGGCGAUGACAAAGAAGAAGAUGUGACGGCAAUGGAGACAGAUGUUGCCCCCCCCCCCCCCCAAACAGCUGUGAUCUUUUCCAACUGUUACGUCCUAACAGUUGUUUAUGUUAAUUUUUUUUUAUCUUGUCUGCUCUUCUUCAGCACUUCUUUGAAAUUGUGGCACACGUCCAGACUGUAAACGUGCAACCAAUCAACGGCUUCACUGGUUAAACUGCAGCCAGCAGGUGCCUUGCUCAAGAGCACCUCAGCACUAUUUGUUAAUUUACUCCAUGCAGAUCCUCCCUCUCAGAAAACCAGUCUGCGUCUUGGCCUCCAGUUAAUGAGCGUGUGAGUCUCGAGUUUGAAAGCAGGACGCAGGUCUCCCACAUGAUCGGGAUUAACAGAGCGACUCAGAUCCUGAGGUAGAGCGACUCGAGGAUAAAGGACUGAAAAUAGAGCAGCUGAAUUUUCUAACAUUUUAUUUGACAAACCUAAACACAGCAAACGCUACAAAUCAAAACCCAUUAGGUGCCUUGCAAACGUCUUUUCUACAAUAUUCAGUAUCUCCACUCACUUAAUGGGUUUGUCUUAAUGUUCUGGUAAAACAACAUUCCCUGAUUUGUCCUUGUAUAAUUAGAGAAGAAUGUAAAAUGCCCUGAAGGUUUAUUGCACAGGAGAAUAAUGUAUAAACAAGAGGUAACAGUGGUGUGGGUCCUUCCAGUGUGAGAUGAACCGUGGGAGACUUUUCAGUUCAGUCCAGUGCACCGUAUUUCUUCAACAGUCAAAACACUCCAGUCAUAAAUACACUUUAAAUAUGAUUAAUACUGACAAACCCGUGUGUCAACAUAGCUUAUCGUGAUCCUCCAUGACCCAGUUUGAUGAUGGCGUGCUAGGAUUUCAGUGUCUGAGGAAUGGGCCGGUGGUACAGCUGGUAGAACAUCCCCGAGUAGACGGCCGGGAGCUCCUCCAAGCCGAGGUCGAUGCCGUCGAAGCCGCGCUCGAGCCCGUGAAGCAGCAGCCGGGCCAGGCGAGCCGUUAUGGGCGUGGUGUCACUGGUCUUGGCCAGCUCGGUGAGGUCCAGCCAUUCGCAGCGCAGACACUCCUGAGUGCAGAAGUUGAUGUCGUACGUGAGCGGGCUGAGUCGGCAGAUGAUGUACAUGUCCGACAUGCCGAAGGCGCCGGGGUGGUUGUGCUGCUGCCGGAGGCUGAGCAGAGAUCUGAACUCGGAGCGAACGCCGGUUUCCUCGAAUACUUCACGUACGGCAGUGGCACCUGGGAAAGAUGAAAUCACACGUAUAUAUCAAAUCACCACGAAAACUGAUGUAGAGGAAAGGAAAAUGCUGCUUUGGAUAAUGUAUAAAAUAUUAAAGCUGCUUUAAAAACGAAGGGAAUGGGGAGAGACUCAGCAUAUAUAUAUAUAUAUAGAAAGUGCCUUGUUUUAUUACGUUCAAAUGAAUGUAUAUGCAUCAUCUUAAAAUCUAAAUGUAAAGGGUUUAGCUAGAUGUACUGUAUUACUGUUUUGUGCGACACUCACCGAUAUUUUCUCCCGGAUCCGACAAACCACCGGGAAACUUCCAGGCGUUCUUCGUCUGAAAGUCAGGAGCAAAGUUCAACAUCAAGUGAGACGGACAUGAAUCUGUUGGUGUCGAGCAUGGACUGUGUUUGGAGAUGGAUCACGAGGCUCCACUAUAAAGUGAGGACACCUGACCAAAGCCGGCGGGGUGGGGGGGGGUCCCCGAGGGCCUGGGCCGGGCUCGUAGAAAGGAUAAUUUGGUUAUUCAUGUUGGCUGCUCCUAUGCUGCUCUACUGCAUAUUUGUAAUGGGGGUGGGGGGAGGGGAACAAUCAAAAAAGAAUGUGCGUCAGUAACAGGCUGGGAUCAGGUUCAGAUUCAAAGUUCAUCUGUUGGGCUUGAACAGAAGAAUGUGAUAAGAGGGAGGCAUGACCACCUCAUUACAACGACUUAGAAUGACAGAAGGAAGUUAUCUGACUCAAAUACAAAUGGAUCAAAUAAGUUUUCUCUGUCGGAUGGCUGAGGGGGAGGAGUUCAGACAUCCACUUGCCUCCUGGGUGGCUCCUGGAGGCAUCUCCUCUUUUUCACCUAUACUGCAGCCGGCCACCAGAGGGCAAAUAUCAAUGAUUUGGCUUCACUUUUGGGGCGAUGUCAUAUCGUCCAUCUUUAUUUACAUUCUAUGAUGUAAUAUCACAUUUUGAAGUCACUUGUUAGAGGAAAUAUUUUAAAGGUUAAGCUGUAGUUUUUUUUUUACUCUUAAUGAAAAUUACGGUAUCUAGUAGGGGAUCAUAUAUGAUCUUAAAGAGAGAUUGUCUUAUACAUAUGAAUUUAUAAUUAUACGCACAGAGAUAUUUAACGCUCUGAUCUGAGAAUCUUUUCAUAUUUUAUAUUUAGUGCCUCACUCUGGAGUGUUUAAUGUGUGUGUGUUUGUAUGUGUCUUCAAAAAAACUGUUUCACCACUUAACCUUGAAAAAUAACAUUUUGCUGCUGGUUAAAUUAUGAUGUUAGUUUUUUGUGUGUAUAUCUAUUUUUGUAGUUACCUAAAGAUUUUUGUUCUGCUGUGCUUGUGCUCGUCUUGUAUUGUUGACAGAAUGAUAUAUUUUUGGAGCUGUUUCUAUAAAGGAUGAAAUAAAAGGAGGUUUUCUGUAACUUUAA